AAUCCAGCUAUUGAAAUAUACUUUUCUACGCGUCAAUCAAAUUGCUAGAUUUACUCCUUUCAUUUCUGUGGCCUAUAUAUAGCCCUACAUUGUCGGUCUAAAUCUCAAUCUUUCUCUUCAAUUUCCUCUUUUUUUCCAACACACUCUUUCUUUCUGAGAUGAGUUUGAGCAAUGAGAAUGAGAAGAAUCAGUCUUCAUUACCAACUAGUAAUGGUAAUGGAAUAGCUGUUGUUGAUUCUGCUGAGAAUGGGAAUGUGAAAUCAAAGAAACCCUUCAAGAUCUUUGUGGGUUAUGAUCCGCGUGAAGAGAUUGCGUUUCAGGUAUGUAGACAUUCAAUCAUCAAAAGGUCUUCAAUUCCUGUUGAGAUCAUACCAAUUAAGCAAUCAGAUCUGAGAAAAACUGGUCUUUAUUGGCGUGAAAGAGGUCAAUUUGAGAGCACUGAGUUCUCUUUUACAAGAUUCUUAACACCUUAUUUAGCAGAUUAUCAAGGUUGGGCUUUGUUUGUGGAUUGUGAUUUUCUCUAUUUAGCUGAUUUUAAGGAAUUGGUAGAUUUGAUUCAAGAUAAGUAUGCUAUUAUGUGUGUUCAACAUGAUUAUGCUCCGAAAGAGACGACGAAAAUGGAUGGUGCUGUUCAAACUGUUUACCCUAGAAAGAAUUGGUCUUCGAUGGUUUUGUAUAACUGCGGUCAUCCUAAGAACAAGAUUCUUAGUCCUGAUACUGUGAAUUCACAGACUGGUGCUUACCUUCAUAGGUUUCAAUGGCUUGAGGAUGAUGAAAUUGGUUCUGUUCCAUUUGUUUGGAAUUUUCUUGAAGGGCAUAAUAGGGUUGUUGAGAAUGAUUCCACUACUUUACCUAAGGCCAUUCAUUAUACUCGUGGAGGGCCGUGGUUUGAGGCAUGGAAGAAUUGUGAAUUUGCUGAUCUAUGGCUUAAUGAGAUGGAAGAGUACCUGAAACAGACGAAAAAAGAAUCUGCAUGAAUCGUGAUGCUUUUCGAUGUUAUAGGAUUGAUAUCUGCAUGAAUCACGAUGCAUUUCGAUGUUUUAGGAUUGAUAUCUGUAUUUUUCUUAAUUUCAAAUUUGUUAUUGUGCUAAGUCUGUGUAUCUGAUGAUGCAAUUAUGAGAAUAGGAGGAGUAUGAAGGUUACUAGUUCAUAUCAUCUUAUAUAGUUAGUGUUCUUUUACAAUGGCAUUUUAGAGUGAGUUAAUGCCUUUCAUGAUGUAUUUGAUUUUUUCAUUUUAAAGACCUCUCUAUAGGCUUUAAAUAAGAGGUCUGAUUAUAACUUUGUAUCGAGUAUUUUAAUCAAUAAAAGCUUUAAUGUUACGAUUA